UCAAAGGUUUCUUUCUCUGCUGGUUGCAAAUUAAAUCGCUAGGUACGUUAAGUAGAGAAACCAACGCUGGCAGAGACUUCUUCAACAGAUUCACGCCAAUCACAGCGUUUUUGUUUGAUAGAAGGCCAAGCGAAGACGCGAAAGCACAAUCAAAAGUGGCCUCUGGUUUCCUUCUUCACAAACACUGCCAAUUAACCUCUAACCAGCCUGGUCAGACACAGAUGUCUUUGCCUGCAGCGGUCGUGAAAAUCAACAUCAACGAAGUGCAAAAUUUAUUGCGGCAAGAUGGAGUGGACGUGAAUGCUAGAGAUAGCCAUGGUAAUACGGCAUUACAUCUCACAAGUAAUAAAUCGAUAGCUUCGCUUUUGAUAAACGCAGGUGCCGAUCCAAAUCUGCAGAACGAAGAUGGAGACACCCCUCUUCACAGAUCGUUUGUUCUGGAUCAAGUCAUGUCUACAGAGUUUUUAUCAGAUCAUCGCAAAUUUUUAGAAUUCGUCACCGUGUUGUUAGAGGCCGGAGCAUCCCCAAACAUACAAAACAAAUAUGGUUAUAACAGUCUUCAUUAUUUGUUCGUCUACGGUGGUAUUGCAGGGCUGAACUUUGAGGCCUCUUUGAUUCACGAGUUUAUCGCGCUCUUUCUCCGAUUCAGUGUGGAUGUGAAUAUGCCAGAUUUUGAACGUUGCACUCCGUUGCAUCACGCCGUGAAAGAACCACAUGUGCUCAGUGUUGAGCUUCUCAUGAGAUCAGGGGCUCAAAUUGAUGCUCGAGAUUUCCGCGGAAUGACAUCGUUACAACAUUUGUUUCAUACCGAUGAUGAAGAAAUGAUCCAGCUUUUACUGCGAAGCCGAGCUGACGUGAACGCACAAGAUUUAGAUGGACGUACAACUCUGUCUACAGCAACAGAGGUUGGAAACAAUGUCAUGGUCCAAUUGCUUUUAGAGGAUCCUCGCAUAUCCACUGACCUUGCGGACAAGAACGGCAUCACUCCUCUCCACCUUGCAGCUGCCUUUAAACGCGUCGAUAUCACGGAGAUGCUUAUCCAAGCCUCUGCCGACGUGAAUGCGCUCGAUUAUCUUAACGCCACCCCUCUUCAUUAUGCUGCCUAUGGAGGAACACCAGAAAUUAUCACCCAGUUAUUAGAGGCAGGUGCAAACGACAAGCUAACCGACAGUGCUGGCUGGCUUCCAGUUCAAUAUGCCUUGUCCAGGCACUAUUACCACACUGCGUUGAGAUUUGGCAGAGAAUUUCUCGCUGAUGUUGCGAACAAUGCAACUCGUGAUGUGACAGUUUCAGGUACUUCAGUUGAUGACAUCAUCGCUCAAAGUCUUCCAGCCGACGACAUAUUUACCAUUGGUGUCGCUGCGUCAAAUGUAUACUCGAAAGAGUUUGACUCGUCCGUGGUACCCCGUGAUUUAGUGGAGUUUAUGAGAGAGAAAUCUGCUGGGGAUAUUCCUGGCUAUCUGCGCGACAUGCAAAUGGUAGCAGGAGUUGGACUGAUACCGAAAGAUAUGGCAGAAGUUGACACAAUGAGACAGAGUGUUGAAGAUUUCAUUACUAAGUGGGUAGAGGAAAUAGCGAAAAUUGACGUAAGGUUCAAAGGCAAUUUGAUGCCUUCUGGGAGUGCUUACGAAGGAACAAAGGUAGAGGAUCCCAACGAAUUUGACUACAUGUUAUGUCUCGAAGAGCUUGGCCAAAUGUGCUCAGUCGCGUUUGAUGAAGACACUUUGUACAAUGAGGUCAUAAUUCACAAGAGAUUUAAUGAAUCAGGAGUGUAUGAAGACUUUUUUGACGGGGGUCAAUUGGACAGUGGUUAUGUUAUGAGCAAGUUUGUGGAUAGUGCCAAACGGGCCUUAGUACGCCUUGCAGACCACGCCCUUGCACCACGAGAGAUGUACGUUGAAGGCCUUACCGAACACAGCUUAGUUGAGGAUACAUGGACACUCUCAGGAACUGUCACAUGUAAUCUGAAGUUAAAGUGGGCUGGCUUGAAUUACAAGCAAUUGGUGGUUACAGUGGACCUGGUUCCUGCUAUUCCAGUGUUGCAUUGGCCUCUCAUAGCACGAAAAACGAGCAGAUUAUUGACAGAUGAUAUCAAAUCUCGUGGCUGUCAUUUAGUUCCAAAAAGUGGCUAUUGGAGACUGUCGUUUUCCUUGGCUGAGAGUCUGAUAAUGGCCAGCCUAUCAGAGGAACAAAAGUUUGCGUUUGUUGGCGCCAAAAUUGUUCUACACCCAGCUGUGUCUUGCAAGAUACUUGUAUAUGAUGAUGAUCGCGUCUCUGUUGACGAAAACAAAGAAAAAUAUGGGUUUCCAGAGCGAGACGAAGACGACUUCACCGGUGAUGUGCACCUCACCAGUGAUGUGCACCUCGCCAGUGACGCGCAUGCGCAUGUGCACUUAAAGGAAAGAGAUUUUGACCAAUUGCAAAAUAAGUGUGCGGAUGCCGAAGAUGGUUCUUGCUUGACAAUUAAAGCUGAUGAAUCUAUUGCCACCACUGGAAGCGGGAUUUCGAACGAGGCGCGUAAAUUCCCCACGAUGCCAGUACAGUCUACCAUACUAGCCAGGGUUGCUUUGUCUGAGCAAGGUGACAUUGUUACAGUCUCAAAAUUGUCAAAUGCUCAAGAUUUCGAACCAUCAAGUCGAGUAACGUUAAGAAUUGUUCACGAUCCAACGAUCAACCCAGUUGCAGAACACCCACAAAAAGUUGAUGAACAAGAAAUUGAAGGAGAUUCACCCCAAACUGAAGACAGUUAUGGGCACGUCAAGACACUUCUUCCUUUCGACAUUUUGUCGACUUACUUGAUCAAGAACUUGUUUUUUAACUGCAUUGAAGAAGACGCAAACAAAUCAAAUGGGAAGACAGUCACAACAGGGCGGAUUUUUAGUAAACUGAUGGAGUUCUUGAGGAAAUGUCCUCCAAUUCCAUAUUAUUUUAUCCCAAAUCAAUAUUUCUCAGGACUCGAUAAAGAUUCUUUAUUAGAAGAUGAUGGACGUGAUAUUGUGUUAGUAGCUACAGUGAUUAACUCAAUACUAAAUGAAGAAGACGUGGAAGAACACAAUUAAGUGUUAUCCGUGACGUCAUUUUUCAGUAUAGGAAUACCCCGGGUGGCAUGAGUGAAUUUCCUGUAGUUUGUACAAAAUGACAAAUAACUGACUGACAGUAUUGCAAUAAAUUUUCCGUGAAGCCAGAGUAUAUAACGACAAACUAUCGUUUUUCCAUCCAUUAGUCCAGAAAUAUUCAGAAACAGAACCAAAGCUCGUCAAAACUUGAAAGCAUGAAAUAUGUGUCCUUUUUGUUAUCAGCCUUAUUGGCCGUGCAAUAUGCAAAUUGUUCACCCAAUGAAAAGGAUAAGAAGUGUGCGUUAGACUCGACAGGUCUCCAAAGCACUUCAGCGAGUUU